GAGACCCAGAGCCAAAAGAAUGUGUUACUGAUAAUGAUGGAUGAUCUACGUCCUGAACUGGGUUGUUAUUACACCCCCGGGUCUCAAUUCCACCCAAACAUGCACACACCAAAUAUUGAUUCCCUCGCAAGAAAAAGUAUGCUCUUCAAAGAGGCGUAUGCACAGUAUCCACUCUGUGGGCCGAGCAGGACAUCUAUUUUCACUGGACGUCGACCAGAUAACACCAGAGUAUACAGCAAUGGUAUUUAUUGGAGAAACACUGGUGGCGAUUUCACAACUUUUCCUCAAUAUUUUAAACAAAAUGGCUAUAAUGUUCUCGGGUGGGUAAAAUGCUUCCCAAGGGGCUUGGAAUCAAACAGGACCCACAGUCCUGGUCGAGGCCUGUUUACAUUCCUAAGGCAGAAUUUAUCAAAGGGGUGAAAACAAAAUCUUGGACUGUGGUUAAUGAUUCAGUUCAACUGCUGGAUAUGCUUGUAGCAAACACAGCUAAAGAUUUUAUGACAGAACUAACCGUAGAGACACCCUCAAAGCCAUUUUUCCUGGGGGUGGGAUUUUACAAGCCUCAUCUCCCCUGGGUUUUUCCAAAGCGUUACCUAGAGUACUACCCAGAAGGUGCUAUAAAUCUCCCCAGCAACCCUGACCCCCAAAAGAACAUGCCAGAAGUUGCUUGGACAGGCCAUGCAUCAGUGUUCAACCCCAAAUAUCGUGAUAUUGCAGCGCUGAACUACACAGGAGAAAUGAAUGAAUCGAGGCUACCAGAUGAUAUCACGAAACAACUGAGAAGGGCAUACUGCACUUCAAUAUCAUACAUAGAUGAUCUAGUUGGUGAUGUUCUAAAACACCUUGAUGCUACAGGACAAGCGAAUAACACCAUUAUUGCGUUCUUUAGUGAUCAUGGUUGGCACUUGGGUGAGAACAGCAGGUGGGGGAAAGCAACUAGUUUUCACCUAAAUGCCAGGGCUCCCCUGAUGGUUCACAUUCCAGGAACAACAGACAAUGGAGGGACAACCAAUGAAAAAGUAGAAUUCGUGGAUAUAUUUCCGACAUUAUUAGAAGCUGCGGGAAUUCCACCGAUUCAAAAAUGUCCACACAACUCACAUGAUGUAGAGCUUUGUCGAGAUGGGCAAAGCUUUAUGCCACUAAUAAAGCAACCAGAUCUAUCUUGGAAAGAGGCCGUAUUCUGGCAAGUACGUGGAAGACAAGGCAGAAUGGGGUACACAGUGUUCACUGGUAAAUACAGGUACACCAUAUGGACAGAUGCAUUGGAAGGCCCUGUGAAAAUCACCAACAGUGGAAUUCUAGCUGAGGAACUAUACAACCAUACGGAAGAUCCUUACGAGACUAACAACAUAACAGAUGGUGGAAAAUAUAAAACAAGAGUUAGAAGGUUACUCAGUAGGCUCAGGAAACUUUUGAAAAGUGCAUUUAACAAAGGAAUAUAUAAUGACCCAGAAAAUAAUUGUUUCGAUUCUACAUGUAAAUAGUAGCAGAUUAGGCGAAGUUCAAAA